GCGCACAUCAUCAUGCAAGGUUUUGUUGGGACACUCACACAUUUCAUCAUCAUCUGCUAACAUACAAUCGCAUUCAACGGUCGUACUCAUUCACGUGUUUGGAGUCAUUGACGGGACCAGGAUAUACUACUGCUUUACAUUUGUUAAAGGAAUUUCUAAUAUCAUGCAUUUGUCGUAUCGAGGUGUGCUUUCCAUGCGGCAAUUGCAUAUAGCAAGUUCAUUCCUCUUCGGGGCAUACAGUGAAUGAUCCCAUAUCUUCUUUUACACAUUGCUGACGUUCUUUCAUCAUGCAUUAGGUCUUACACGACAUCAUUUCCGUAGUGUUUAUGCCCAUGCUGCUGCAACCUGGUCCUCGGCUCGGAAUAAACCCCCUGCCCUACUGCGGUUCAUGUCUCGUGGGCGGACUGAUAUCUCAUAUUAAGGCAAUGUCCUAUGCAGUUAUUGACCUCGUAUCUUCUCUCCGUUGCAUAGAUCAGCGAUGUUCAAUGGGUAUGGGCCUCUCCAACACCCACCCUUCGGUGUGUCUGUCCCUGCAUCAGGACAAGGUGGGCGCUAUGAUCGUCCUUUCGACGUCACGUCGCAUCUCGCAACAGCAAACUCCAACCUAUUUGGUAUAGGGCAGCUCACGCAUCCGCUGAUGCUUCAGCCUAACUCGUACAACCUCAAUCUCGCAACAGCACAACCUCAAAUACAACCGACAUUCACAUUAAACACGACAACCGGAAAUAGUACUGGUGUAUCUAUGCUUGGGUCGUCAUGGCCAAUGAGCAACAUUGGAUCUUCAGGCCCUAUCAGCUCGGCCGAGGAGCUUAUCAUGAUUGCUGCGUUGCACAAGAGUGAAAGUAACUCGGAAGUCACUUACAGAGACGCCUUGGACACGCUCCAUGGAUUGUGUGGUCGUCCUGCUGCCGUCUGGAAAGAUCACUACCUCCAGCAUAAGCACCGCUUGGACGACCUUGUUUCUAGAUUCGUCGACCGCAAGGGCGACAAUGCCUGUUCUACUCGCCCAGAACGUGAUACAACCCGAAGCGCAUGCAGACAUCCAACAACUGUCGGUAGCAAUCAUCACGAACCUAGUAAUAGGGAUGAUACCGAUACUGGGACCAUCACCCGUCCAAAACACGUCACAAUCUCCGAAGUCCGUCCUAGCGUUCAUCGCUCUGAUGCACUGAGAACUUCAAAGCCCACUCGUCCCGUUUCUUCAGCUUCCCGGCCGAGUGUGAGGCCUCGCGUCUACGUCAAACCACCCAACGGUGAUUCUGGCGGUGGUUCUGCUUCGCGAGAUCGAGGCCGGGCAUCACACCAUGGAAGAGAGCAGCGAGUCAAGAAGGUGAGAAAAGACAAUCACCGUGACCUCUCCCAGAAGCUCCGAAUGCCACCCACACCUUCGCGUUCGCCUACGCCGCCGACCAGAGUUGUUGCGUCUCAUUACGGCAGGGGAAACCUAUUUACUCCUGAGGAUCGCGAAUACUUCAUUAAGUCAGUUCAAUGGCAACUCCAACACAAUCCACGCAUGACACGAGCUGAACUAUGUAGUGACAUCGCCGAAAAGGUGCCUCAUCAUUCAUAUGGUUCUUGGCUUUCAGAAUGGCGUAAUUAUCGUGAUUUACUCAACCGACUGAAGGAGAAGGCGUCUGAAGAACAUGAAGAGAACGAUUCUGACACGACAACCAGUCACACAGAUGAAUCGGAUUACAGCACUGAUGAUCCUGACGAAGAGACUAUUUACAUCUCCAGCGACACGGAUAGCGACACGGAUUCUGACUUGGAUAGUAUAUUAGAUGGGGCUACACCAGAAGAGGAUGAGAGUAACCUUGGCCAGUCCGGAGAUGCUUGGACGAAUGCUGAAGUCCGUACAAUGGCAAGAUACAUCGCGUCUGCAACCGUUUGGAAUACCGCGGUGCCAACCCAGAGAUCUCAAUGGAUUGACUUCUUUAGAAAGUACCCGCAAAGGUCCGACAAAGCAUGGCUUGAAUCCUACAGGAGAUACAACUCUGUCAUCAAUUCCCUCGUCCGCAAAUAUAAGAAAAUGAAUGCAUCCAAUGCAGUAAAAAUCGAGGAACCCGAAGAGAUCAGCGUACGCGAGGUCCUGGCGAUUGAUGAAGACGAUGACUACGAACAUGCUUCCGAUGAACGUGGGUCCUCAACCACGAUAGCGACGCAACCGCGAGUCGCUGGUUCGCCCGUCACACUGACCUUCCCAUCGGAGGAUGGGGCAAGUGCCAUAUCAAGACUUGCAUCUAUACGUGCAUUGAAGCGACCCCGCGUUGACGACGGGGAGAUAGAAGUAGGAGUUUCGAAGAGGCAGAAGGAAAAUGCUACCAAGUAGAAUGCAACAGUGUUCUGAAUGGUGUAGAACAUGCUCAAACCGUAACUUGGUGGAAACCUGAUAGGUAGAUUCUAUCCCUAUGCUACAGGAUCUUGUACAUAAACAAUAUGGAUGCGAAAGAUUACAAAUGCCGGAGUACCAGAGAGAAUGGAUAUAGCAAUGUGAUAGACUACC